AACUCCCUUCCCCCCCGCGGGCGGGCAUGCCCUCCCCGUCAGUCGCCGCAGAUUCGACCUCUAAUUGGGUUGGCUGCCCUAGUUCCGCCGAUCCGGGACUCGGAACAAUACCACGGAAGCAACGGCCCGUUAGCCGGAAAAGCAUCGAUCCAGGUUAGACGCACAUGGGCUUCGUGCGCGAUCUGCCUGCUGGGUGACGCCUGUGAGAUCAGAGUACAUAUGCGAAAGGCUGCACUAUCAGGUCCAGCCCCAGUGGUGCUCUUUCCCGAUAUGCUUCUUAUGCAGUAUAUCAAACUCGAGCCCUGGUCAGAUCUGUGUCCCAUACAUACCGGUCUAGUUGUACUGGACACAAACCCAAUUCUUCAGAUACCUCGUUGUAUUCUCUCCUGCUCGCCCCGACCUCAGACCAUCAAGCUGAUAGACUGACCCGCGCCGCUCACGUGCCAAAAUGGUUCACCUCGUCGCCUCUUCCUACGGAAAAGACCUUGUCCGCAUCCUGCGCGUCGUGCGUUCGCCCGAAGAGCCGCAGCAUCACAACGUGGUCGAGUACAACGUGCGCUGCCUUCUCUCAGGUGCAGCAUUCGCCCCUUCAUACAUCAGAGCGGACAAUUCGCCUGUCGUCGCGACGGACAGCAUCAAGAACACGCUCAACGUCAUCGCAAAGCGACUGCCGGGCUCGGAUGUGUUGUGCCCGGAGAGGUACGCGCUGCAUGUCGCACAGCAUUUUCUGAGCACGUAUAAGCACGUUGAGGGCGUCGAGCUCGAUAUCCAGAUGCUCAAGUGGAGCCGCAUCGCACUUGAUGGGAAACCGCACGGCCACAGCUUCGUACGCGAUGGCGACGAGAAGCGUCUUGUACGACUGCUCGCUGAGAGAGAUCCGCAGGACGGAAAGCUGCGCGUCAAAGAGUUUCGCAGCGGGUUGAAGGAUCUGCUGGUUUUCAAGAGCACAGGCAGUGCCUUCCACGGCUUUUGGAGGGACGAGUACACCACGCUCAAGGAGGUACAUGAUCGCAUAUUCAGCACAAGCAUCGAGUGUUGGUACACCCUCGGCCUCCCCGCCAAGCCCAUCUCCACACUUUUGCAGACACCGGAAGCAGUUCCGGAUUUCUGCACGCUCUAUCGCGCGGUGACAGCGCACACGCUGCGCAUCUUUGCGACCGAUGUCAGCGCGAGCGUGCAAGCGACGCUGUACCGCAUGUGCGAAACGAUCCUUAACGAUGUGAGCGCAAAGGAAGAAAAAGCCAAGUGCGGGAUGUGGAUCAAAGACGUCGAGUACUCGUUACCGAACAAGCAUUAUAUUCCGAUCGACUUGAGCUUUAUGGGCCUCAAGAACACUGAUGAGAAGGACGCAGAGGUCUUCCUUCCGAGUCAGCACCCAAGCGGCCUCAUCAAAGCCAAGGUGGCGCGAGAUGCCUCAAAGCUAUGAGCGUACAGGGUCUUGUCGGGCCUGUGCCAUUGAACUUCGUAGAUGUCAUUGUACGUUAAACGAGAUCAGAUACGUGCAUCGUGUAC